AUCUGUGCGUACGCGGUCGUGAUUGUGUUGUGAAGAUGGCGGAGGGGGAGACAGAGAAGGAAUAUGACACACGGGAAGCCACCGAGGAGCUCCGAGAGCGCUUCCACGCUUUGACUACAGCUUUGAGAGAGACAGAGCAGUCUCCGCUGGAAGCCUCGCUGCAUUUCUGCCAGGAGUUUUGCCAGGUCCUUGUGGAACAUGCUGGUCGUUGGAAAACUGAUGAGGAUCCACUGCCUUUGCUGGGGGUCUACACUGUGGCUAUCCUCAGCUUCGCUAAGGCUGCCUCCUGUCUCUCCUCCGAAUGUGAAAACGGGCCACUCCUACUUGAAAAGUUAGCACUGAGCUGUGCGGAGCUGCUGCUCUUAAUGCCCCAGCAUGUCCCUGGUGCCUUAUGGGAGGAGUUUCAGUCCUCCGUGAAGUUGGCACACAGCCUCUUGCAAGAAAGUGGGAGCACGCAGCUUUGCCUGCUCUCAGUUCUGGCGCAACAGGAUGGCGUCUGGUCCAACACCACGCUGAGCAGCAUCCUGUCCUAUCAAAACCCUCAAACUGAGCAAGUUCAUGAGUACCUUGAGCUGGAAGGUGCCACGCUUCUGAACAUGAGAAUAAAGCACCUAAUCAAAGUGGACAGCGUCAAUAAAGCUGCUGUCCUCGCAAAGAUGUGCUCAGAGUAUCCGGGAUACGAAGGAAAAGGAAACUUCAAGCAAACCUACUUGGUUUGCAUCUGUAUGACAAAAAAUCAGGAGCAGCUAAUGGAAGAGAUUGCGUCGAUAGACUGUAAAGAUGCUCUUGAAAUGAUCUGCAACUUGGAGUCAGAGGGGGACGAGAAAGGAGCUCUCUGCUUAUGUUCUGCCUUUCUCAAGCGACAGCUGCUUCAAGGAGAUGUUUAUUGUGCCUGGGAACUCACACUGUUCUGGAGUAAGCUACUCAUGCGUUUAGAGUCGUCAGCUGAUGCAUUUCUUGGACACAGCAAAGAGAUGGCUCAUCUCUGCAGGAGCGUCUGUCAUAUUCUGUUUCUAAUCAAAGUAAUCCAAAAUGAGGUUGGAGAAGUGGGUCUUCCAGUGUGCGUGGAAAUGUGCAUUCAAGCUCUAAAAAUGACAUCCAGUGACCAUAAAGAUAGCAAGUCCACCAUCUGCAAGACUAUUUCCUGCAUCUUGCCGACUGAUCUGGAGGUCAAGCGUGCGUGCCAGCUGACCGAGUUCCUCCUCCAGCCUACCGUCGACUCGUAUUAUGCUGUGGAGUCACUGUACAACGAACCCGACCAAAAGCCCGAGGAGGACGAGAGUCUACCAGUGCCCAAUUCUUUACGCUGUGAGUUACUGCUGGCCUUCAAGACACAGUGGCCUUUUGAUCCAGAGUUCUGGGACUGGAAAACACUGAAACGCAACUGCUUGGCACUGAUGGGAGAGGAGGCAGCUAUUGUGUCAUCUAUUGACACACUCAACGACACAGACGAACAGGAGGUGGAAAGCGCACUUGGCAAACUCCCUGAAUACAGAGACCUGGAGGAUUUCCUGCUAACCACUACAAAUGAACUCAAUGAAAUCACGGAUGAAAGAGAAAAAAACCGAGAGGCUAAAAAACUCCGGGAGCAGGGUUUUGUGUCUGCCCGCUUCAGAAACUGGCGAGCCUACAUGCAGUAUUGUGUUUUGUGCGACAAGGAGUUCUUGGGUCACAGGAUUGUUCGCCACGCGCAGAAGCACUUCAAAGAUGGAGUGUAUCUGUGUCCAAUUUGUGCAGACAGUUUUGAAACUAGGGAGAUUUUAGAGCCACAUGUAGCAUCACAUGUAAAGCAAUCUUGCAAAGAGAGACUAGCUGCGAUGAAAGCUGCUAGGAAGGUAACCAAACCACCUCAGUCCCCGAAAAGUCCAUCAAAAAAUUCAAAAGUCGCUGCCAAGGUGAGCAUUAGUCCUGUUAAAAUUGAAUCGCAAGUUGGCGACCAAUUGGCGUCUCCUGUUAAGAUAGAACAAACUACAUCGGACAUUCAUAUAAGUCAAGACUGUUUCUGUCCCGUCAAAAACUGUUCCAAGGCGUUCAAGUUUUUCCGCAACCUCAUGGCUCACGUCAGAUCUCACAAGGACGACGAAGAGGCCAUGAGGUUUUUAGAGAUACAAAAACAGAAGGUGGUGUGCCAGUAUUGCAGACGGCAGUUUGUUAACGUCAGACACCUUAAUGAUCACUUACAGAUGCACUGUGGCAGCAAACCAUACAUCUGCAUACAGCUGGACUGCAAGGCCAACUUUAACUCCAACUCCGAGCUUCUGAUGCAUAGAAAAACACAUCCCGAAUUCAAGGCCCAGUGCAUGUUCCCCAACUGUGGCGAAGUUUUCAGUGAGGCCUACCUGUUGUAUGAUCACGAGGCUCAGCAUUACCUUACCUACACCUGCCAAACGGAAAACUGUGGCAAAAUAUUCUACUCACAGACUCAAUUCUUGUCUCACCAACAGCAUCACAGUACAAACGUUGCAGUACACAGUUUGCCCAUCACGAGUCAAAACCCUCCCGAGACUCCAAAAGUAGAACCACCACCCGAGAGCACCCAGAGCAAUGAAGACACCUGUUCUGCAGUCGCCUGCAUUGAAAGGAAUAACACAGGUGUAUAUAUGAAGGAGGCAUCACCGUGCAGCUUACCAGAGCUCGGUAAAGAACCCAUUCCGCUGAGAGUGAAACACUCGAUUGAAAGCAUGCUGAAUUCUGCAGCACGUGCUGAAAUGAAAGAACCAGAGAAAUGCUACACUCCGCUGACAAACCCCACUCCAGCACCAGCCGAUGUGGAACCAGCACCAGAGGCUCCACAUGCGCACCAUAAUGUGGCUGGGCAAGGUGAGAUCCCUCCACCAGUAAAUCCUGUACCAAGUGCACCAAACCCUGUUGCAAGUCAACAGGGAGAGGGGCUUAAUAAUGUACGGGGCAAUGAACUUCCAAAAGCGAUUCCACAAAUAAUUUCUCCGAGUCAAAUCAAGACUGAAAUCCCUUCUUCGCUGCAAGGAUACCCUUCCAGCACGCCUGCUGCAACUGCUGGCAACGAGGAGAAUCUGCAUUGCUGCCCGUAUAGUGAAUGCACAAGGGCGUACAGCACAAACAAAAGUCUGUCCAGGCAUGUGAAGAAGCAACACCCGGAAAUAUUUGAAGAUUGGAAAUUGGCAAAGAAGUAUAACAAAGUGGCCAAAAUUACAUCAAAAAGGGCUCCAGGUGGGCCAGCUUCACCGAAUCAGCACCCUGGGAACAGGCCGUCACAUCAGCCAGGAGUACUAUGCAACAAACCUGGGAUGCAGCAGAUGGAUUACCCAAUGGGAUCUUCAGCCUCGCCCGCCCAGUGUUAUUCUGGAUCAAUGGAGCCUGUGCCCAUCACUCCGAUGGUAAACCCCACAAUGUACCCGUCAUGGGGAAGCCAGAAUAAUCCCAGCGGAAUGAUGCAGCCAGACGUGUCCCAGUCGUGGUCUUCACCUCCCAUGAAUAACUAUCCAGACAACCUCAACAUGAACGAGUACCCCCAUCGGAGCUAUCCUCAUUGGCAGGCAGACUCUUAUCAAACCGCAGCGUCUCACCCGCCUGAUAGAGAUCAUUCAAUGGCAGCUAUGCAAGGUCCGUCUAUGUCACACGCUCCUUCAGUUUCAAGUUUGAUGUCUCAGUAUGUGUCAAGCUCUCUGAUGCUUGACAAUGGAGGGCAUAUACAUAAUGGAGGGAAUCAGUAUGGGCUAAUGCAUCCAGAGGGCAGUGGAGACGGCGUAGAUGUGGGAGGAAAAAGCAGUGUGACGAGCCAGCUGGAUAAUGGAAACAGUAUCUCAACAAUUGAUAGCCUCCCUGAAGGAAGUUACCACACUCCAUAUGCUCAGAGUGAAAACUCUUGUCUCACUCAAGACUCGUCAGUCGAUAUACCCAUGAAAUGUCUAAGCCCAGAGGCUCAAGUUGCAUUAAAAGCUACACAUGAAAUAAUUAAAACAGAGAAUGUGUCCGUUCCUUGUUAUGAACAUAUGGACAACUCCGUGGACGGCAUGCUCAGUCCAAACGCAGAUUUCCCUUACGAUGAGGAGUGUCCCGAUGCCGACUGUGAGGCUAACCCGUCAGAUGAAAAGGCCGGUGACCCCGACACGCUGAAAGGAAAACGCGCCAGGUUGAGCAAGCGAACCAAAUGGCCGGCCAUCAUUAAGGAUGGCAAAGUCAUCUGCAGGAGAUGCUUCAGAGAGUUCACAAGCACCAAGUCUCUCGGAGGCCACUUAUCUAAACGCUCACAGUGCCGGCCUGUAGAUGAAAUCGACCUAACCGCAGAUCUGCCGUCAUCUUUUCUGGAUUUUCUCAAUGACCCCCACGUCCCUGACGCCAACGCAGCAGGAGCACCAUUCAACGCGUCAAAUGGCGAUUUCUCACAGGAAUCUUGUAGCUUGACCACUUUGACUUCACCCAUGGUGUUGAAACAGGAGCCCCAGAAUACAAAUAUAAUGGACUAUUCAAACUCUGUCUCCCAUGAAAACCAGCAACAGAAGCCCGGAGAGUUGGUUAAUCCAGCCCUCGCUGGGCAUUAUCAAGAGGAUCACCUGAUGGAAAUUUCACAUGCCUUUCAAAGGUUGGAUUUGAUCGAGGCACAAGGGAAGAUGCGGAGUGCUCUGGCUUUAGAGCAAAAUGUCAGUCGUGACAUUCCCCGUGACAUUGAAAAAAGUAAAAUGCUGAGUAAAAGUGAUGACAAGCCCUCUGAAAAGGUCCCCAAACCUUUUAAAUGUGACCAGGAUGAGUGCGAGUACUCAUUCAUGACAAAGGAGGCGUUAUUCAAACACUUGAGUAAAAUGCACGACUACUCUAAUGACAUGAUAGAAGAUCUAAAGAAAACCCCAUCCAAGCUGUCUCCAUAUCCCUGUCAGAUCUGCCCCAAAACGUUCACGAGAACGACAGGUUUGAGAAUUCACUAUGAAAAGGUCCAUAGAUUGUCAAAGCCAGAAAUGCAGAAGCUGAGGAUCAGCGCUCGAAACAGGCGUGCAUUUAGACUGAACAAAGAUGAAGUGUUUAUUAGCCGUGUGACCGCUGAUGCUAAUCCAAGUUGCACGACACAAUCCGCAGUCAUGUUACCUGCUAUAAAACAAGAACCACUCGACAUCGCAAUCGCAGAUCAAACAGACGAUGAUCCACAAGGUCCUCAAAUCACGUCGCCAGGAGAUGCAGAUAAACAGGGCUUCAUGUCUGAGGUAUCGAUUGUUGCACAACUACCACCACCUCAAAACUAUAUGACUGAUAGGCCGUUCUGUGAGGUGGAACAGCCAGUGCACAAAAAAUCUCCAGAGAAACUAACUAAAGUGGCUGUUGUAAACAAGAGUCCAGAUAUGAAGAAAAAAGACAAAUCCUGUUUAAAAGAGAAACGCAGUCCGGUUGGCAAAAAAGCGAAGAAGCAGCAAGGACGAUUAGAUGCAUCUUUUAAGGAGCCGACGUCGAGCCCUUCCACUGCGUCUGCUUCGUCCUCCCCAGAGAAAGCCAGCAGCUCCAAAAGCACACCGACGAAGGAUGAAUCUCAGAGAAAAGAGAGAUCUCAGAAAAGGUUGAGCUUAAAAAUGUGUGAGACAGACAACGCCUACAGUCCAUACAGACCAUAUCGCUGUGUUCACGAAGGAUGCACCGCCGCAUUCACCAUCCAGCAAAAUCUGAUUCUCCACUACAGGGCCAUGCAUCAGGCGUCGCUGCCCCCGAGCAAACCCGAACCUGACGUUGAAAAGACGAGCGUUAACAACGGACAGGAGAGCCAUCAGAGCGUAGACAAAGACGAUGAGGUCAGGUGUCAAGUUAAAAACUGUUCCAGGGUGUUCAUGGGAAUCACGAGGUUAGUGCAGCAUUACCUUUUACUUCACAAGUUCACCCGCGACAAAGCCACCGCCAUGAUGGCCAGCAUGACCAUAGGGACUUUCAACUGUGACCGGCCCGAAUGCGCUCUCCCCUUCAGCUCCGUGGAAAAGUACAUUGAGCACAUUAAGAACUACCACAAGGAGAUCGCCAUCUCCGAGAGCGGCUCGGUUGAUCCAACUUUCAGGUGCGAGUACGAUGAAUGCGACCGCAUUUACACUACGAAAUCGAACCUCCUCCGUCACCUGAUAAAAAAGCACGGAUACGUUUAUGAUCCUAAAACGAGCGACGGAAGACGGACUAAAUCAAUGGGGUUCUUCACGGAGGCUAACGGGAAGGAGAAUGUUGAAAACAAAUUCAAAUCGAAGAAGAAAAACACUAAAAAGAAAGACGGGAAGUCCAUUGAACACUGGACUAGUUUUGGAAAGCCUACACUAAAAUCACACGAAGAGGCGUCAGCCAUGUGCACCAAGAAGUCCGCCCUGCAGUACCCAUGCAUGAUAAUAGGCUGCGAUGCAGUGGAGCGGGCUGAGAGAAGUAUAUUUAAGCAUUACACCACUCAUGGCCUCACAGAAAGAUACAUCGAAGACCACAGGAGCCAGUUCAUUUUCUGCAAAAAGUACUCACGCUCCAGAUUCAAAGAUUCAAGCAAAUCGGAGGGCGCGUCGAGCUCAUCUUCUGAGGAGACUGAGCCAGACGACGCCGAGAAGCCCAGCGAACAGAAAACAGAUGAGCCGGUGGAUCGAAUAGGCCAAGAAGACAGCAAGCUGUCCAACGACGAUAGUGCAGAAUCUCAAGCUUCCACUGGGACAGACGGAGGGACUAAAAGAGGCCGCCCCAGAAAGCCUGCACAUCCUACACCAGCUUGUCCGGAGAGGAUCCAGACCCUUAGGAACCGUUCGACUGUUAACAGUUCAAGAGAGAACUCAAAUCCUGGUACCCCUACAGCCCAAGAACAACGCGACGACGGGGUCACGCCAGGGUCGUUCAAGCCUUUAGGGCUUGAAGACUCCUUCCUUAAGUUCUUGGAAACCUCAGAGUCAACCCACUCUUCCAAACGCAAAUUAAAUGACAAAUCUAGUGCUGAACUGCCGUCCAAAAGACAACUAACUCUAAGACAGAAAUCUGCAAUGAAAAGUAAAAUAACGGAUGAAAUCAGAGGCUGUGGAAAUCUAGUAGACUUCAGAAAUCCGCUUAAUCUCAAAUCAGUGAGCAAUGUCAAGAUUGUCAUGGAUAAAAGGUUUUCAGACGGUGCUGAUCUUCUGCUAAAGCAGCUACAAGACAUGAAGCCCAUAGUCAAAAUAAAAAAGUGGCUUUAUAGCGGUUCAUAGCCCCGAUAUUUUGUUUUCAACUCGAUCUCACUCAGGAUUUGAGAAGUUAUGCUGCAGAAUGGUUUGUUUGAUAAUGCAUCAGAUUCCCAACUGUUAACAGUUAUGGUCACAGUUAACGAUGAAAUGGCCUAUUUUGUACCUAAUGAAAAAAUGUCUUGGAUGAUUUUAAGUAUGUAUGUUAGUUAUAAUAACCAGGUAAUCUAUAGGGCAUAGAUUUUAGAAACAUGUUUGUAUUUAUGCUUAGUACUGAAGAUGUUUUUUUUUUUCUUUUUGCUAAAUGGAGACUUUUAAAGAAAAACUAUGUUUUUAUAUAUCCCUAUGGGAUUUCAAGUUCUGUUUGUAUUUAUUUCAUCCUUUUUCAACACUAGUAGACCUAUCUGUAAUAUUUACAUGUCUUCCACAAAGUGUUCAAUAAAAUGUUACUGUUUCCUUUUGUAAAA